GGACGGAGGAAACGACAGCCGGCAGAGCGCACGAAACGUUACUGCGACGUACAUGCACGCGCGAGCGAAUAUUUCGCUCGGAUUCGGCAACUAACCGACCGGAGACUUGACGACGACGACGAUGAACUGGCACCGGCUGGCCGCGAUCGGGCUGUCGCUGUGCGCGUGCGCGGCGCUGUGCUAUCCGGGGCAGCUGGUCAACGAACUGCCGCGCGAGUACGUGGAAAGGCUGAAUACGCUGAAGUUGGCGCUGGCCCUGAACAACGGCUGGUCCGCGGUAUGGAGCGAGACGCUGAAGAGGGAAGCGGUCGCGAAACCGCCGGACGCCAGGCUGUGCGCGCAGCUGGUGCCGGACGACAAGCCGGAAGACGAGGUGGCCAACGAACCGGAGCCCACGGACACGUACAACCCGUUCGAGGUGGUCGUCGCGGUCGUGGACACGUGCUGGUACUCGGGCACGUUCGUCAGGUACGGCGUGCGCGUGCUCGGCCACGCGGUCAACUGCCUGUUCAGCCGGCACGCGCUGCUACACAUCGCGGCCGUCGACGAGACGCUGCGGUCCGACGCGGGCAACACGGAGCUCAACGGCUUCCUGCGGCGGCUGGUCGACGACUACCGCGCCGUGGCCGCCAGGCUGGCCGCGGUGGGCACGCCGCUGCACCAUCUGCUGCUGGCAGCCACGUUCUUCGACGACGUGGACAAGCUGACGACCCGGUUGCCGAGCAUGAGACCGAAGAUGGCGCGUGACGUCAAGGCCGAUAUGAAGAACGUGUCCGGGCAGCUGCGGGAGGAGCUGAAAUCGUACCGCGACACGUACUGCGCGGUGACCGAAGACCGUUGGUACGACGCGGACACCGACAAGACGGUGAAACUGACGCUGGACGACUCGGAAUCGGGACCGUCCGAUGGCGACCACCAGCCGCAGGGCGCCGGUUCAUUGCUGGAACGGGCCGACCGGCUGCGGUUGCUGAUGCGCCGGGUGUUCGACGGGCUGCGCGCCACGGGCAUGUCGCAGACCGUGUGGACAGAGAUCUUCCGCAGCAACAUCUUCGUCAAGGCGUCCGAUUUGAUGUCGACCGGCCACGCGGCCAACGUGAAGAGCGACGAUUCGCAGGGCGGCAUCGUCAAGGUCGAACGGAUCAAUUAGAAUCUGUGAACGGACUUGAACGCAGUUAUUCGACGAUCUUUAAUAUUUAUACCAUGUUGUAUUAUAAAAAAAAAUAUUAUAGUUCUUAAGAACGUCUCGAUCGUUCAUUCCGUGCAAACGUUGUCGCGACGCAAAAAUAAAAACCAUAAUCGUGUUUUAAUUAUGCUAAUAAAUUAUUAUCAGCAAUCGCGACGACGUGAUUUUGUUAACGUUUCAAUUACGAUUGUUUACUAUUUCCGCAAUCAUCUCGCACUUACCAUAAUGUACACCGUAUACCUACCUAAUGAAUAAAGUUGUUUGAUAAAUUUA